GAAGAACACAUGAAGUUGAAGCAGAGUGUGCACUAUUCCCCAAUUUUCGUGUGUUUAGUGUGAAGCAGUGGGAAACAGCAGUACACUAUGCCUUCAGCUCAAGAUCCAUUCUAUGUUGUGAAGGAGGAGAUUCAAGAAUCUAUUGAUAAGCUGCAAUCUACUUUUCGCAAAUGGGAAAAAGCUGCUGAUGAUGGCGAGCGAUCCAAUCUUUCAAAGGAAGUUCUUACUAGCUGUGAAAGCAUUGAUUGGCAGGUAGAUGAAUUGGACAAAGCAAUUUCUGUGGCCUCUAGAGAUCCUUCUUUGUAUGGCAUUGAUGAAGUGGAGCUUGAGAACAGGAGGAGGUGGACCAGUGAUGCUCGUAGCCAGGUGAGCACAGCAAAGAAAGCAGUGGAAGCGGGAACACGCUCAAAUAUAACAAACAAUGCUAAUCUAAAUGGGAUGCGCAGGGAAUUAAUGAGGCUUACUAAUUCUCAUCAAUCUGCGUCUGACCCAUAUGCUACCCAGGAUAACGACGAUUUCAUAGAAUCAGAAUCGGACAGGCAGAUGCUUCUUAUAAAGAGACAGGAUGAGGAGUUGGACGAACUUAGUAUAAGUGUACAAAGAAUUGGAGAUGUUGGACUUACUAUACAUGAUGAGCUCGUUGCACAGGAGAAGAUUGUUGAUGAACUGGGUAAUGAGAUGGACAGUACAUCCAAUCGUCUAGAUUUUGUCCAAAAAAAAGUAGCAAUGGUCAUGAAGAAGGCUAGUGCAAAGGGCCAGAUCAUGAUGAUCCUGGGUUUGCUGGCUCUGUUCAUGUUCCUCUUUAUCUUGGUAUUCUUCACCUAGUCAUUGAGACAAAAGUUUUCGUGUUUGUACAUGAAAAAGGAUCUAAAGCUUUUGUCAAGAUACCAGAUUAUUGGGAAAUCCAUUAUGCUUAGAAAUCAAGUGGAAGCCUCUUUGGUUUGUUGAAGGCAGUGAAAUUUUUUAUUAUGAUGAAAAGGGAAGCAACGUGCUUGAAAAUAUUACAAGAAGAUUUGGUUUCUAGCAGUAUAGACUGCUAAUGUGAUUUAAAUGAGUUGUAUUCGUUUU